GUUUACCUUCGUCUUCUGCGAGAGCCGGGAACUGCAGUUGGGAUUAGGAGGCUCUUAUUCCGAGCAGGUGUAGUUGUUCUUCGUGGCGCUGCGGAUUUUACUUAAUCUAGAAGAAGUCUGCCUUUGGUCAAAUGGCCAAACUACUCCAAGCCCCACCGAAGUUCCUGCGCUCCGAGUGGCACCUUGCUAACAAGAGCCAGUACCACAAAGCGGAGGCUGAAAGGUCCCGGUCCGAACGCCUGGUGGCAGAGAGCCAGAGGCUGGUGGAUGAAAUCGACAAGUCCACGAGAAAAUCUCAAAGCGAUGUGAACAAGAAGCUAGAACAGAGACUUGAGGAAGUCAAAUUCUGGAAGAAGGAGUUAGAUGACAAACUUGAGCAGCUUGUGUACGCGACCGAAGAUCUACUCGCAUAUCAGACCAGAUUGCGGAAAGCCCUGGAGAGCCUGAAAGAGCCCUUGCAUAUCACACAGAGGUGCCUGGAGUACAGGGAGCAGCGAGUGGGCAUCGACCUGGUGCACGAUGAAGUCGAGGAGGAGCUACUGAAGGAGUACGAGGUGAUCCAGGGGGUGAUAGCCCUGCUGACCCGCACCCUGGAGGAGACCACCGAGCAGAUCAGGCUGAACCGCUCUGCAAAGUACUAUCUCGAAAAGGAUUUGAAAGACAAGUUUGUGGCCCUGACCAUUGAUGAUAUCUGCUUCUCACUCAACAACAACUCGCCAAACAUCAAAUAUUCUGAGAAUGUCGUGCGGGUUGAACCAAACUCCGUGAGCCUGGAAGACUGGCUGGACUUCUCCAACACCAACGUGGAGAAGGCUGACAAGCAGCGGAACAACUCCCUGAUGCUGAAGUCUCUGGUGGACCGAGUCCUGUCCCAGACGGCCAGCGACCUGCGCAAGCAAUGCGACGUGGUGGACACGGCACUGAAGAACGGGCUGAAGGACACCAAGGACGCCAGGGACAAGCUGGCUGGUCAUUUGGCCAAGGUCAUGGAAGAGAUUGCUUCCCAGGAGAAAAACAUUGAAUUUCUUGAAAAAGCCAUCCUGGACCAAGAAGGGCCUGCCAAGGUGGCUCAUACACGCCUGGGGACCAGGACGUGCCGUCCUAAUGUGGAGCUGUGUCGCGAUAUGGCCCAGUACAGGCUGAUCAGGGAGGUUCAUGAGAUCACCAACAACAUUGCAAGAUUAAAGGAAACAUUAGCCCAAGCUCAGAUGGAGCUGAAAGGGCUGAACCGCCGACAGCUGGCCCUGCAGGAGCAGAUCCAGAUCAAAGAGAACACCAUCUACAUCGAUGAGGUGCUGUGUGUGCACAUGAGAAAGUCCAUCCCGCUGCGGGACGGGGACGACCACGGGGAGUGGGCCGGGGGCCUCCGCCCGGACGCUGUCUGCUAAAAGUA